UUUUUUUACCCCGUCUCAAAAAGGAAUUAAAAAUAAUUUUCUUUUCACUUUCUUUUUCUUCUUAUUAUUAUUAUUAUUAUUCUCUUCGUUAAAUUUGUAAUAUGGAAGAACCUUUUCAACUUACCGAAUUUGUAAAAAGACCAGGUGUUGGUCAUGUUGGAAAACAAAUGAAAGUUCGAACAAAUUUCUUUGAAAUUACUUCAUUACCGGAAAUGGAGAUUUUACAUUACGAUGUUACGAUAACACCUGAGGUCCCUCAGCAACUAAAUAGAAAAGUAUUUGACCUUUUUUCGGAGCAAAACCGAACUGGAGCCCUUGGUAAUGCGAAACCUGUAUUUGACGGAAGGAAAAAUAUGUUUGCUCACAAAUCCUUGCCCUUUGGACAAGCUGCUACUUUCGAUGUGCAUUUAGAAGAAGAUGACUCUCCCAUAGGAAGAAAACGUCCUCCACGAGAAUUUAAAAUCAAAAUAAGAAAAACUGGGCAAGGUAUUAAUAUGGAGGAAUUAACUCAGUUUUUACACGCGAGAGGACGUAUGACCAGUAACUGUCAAAUGGCGAUAAUGGCGAUGGAUGUUAUUAUCCGUCACAGGCCUUCUACAGUACAUACUACUGUAGGUAGAUCAUUUUAUACUCCGCAGGGAGCUCAACUCCUCUAUGGAGGUGCAGAAGUGUGGCAAGGGUAUUACCAAUCAGCGCGUCCCACGAGAGGAAGGAUGUUGAUCAAUAUCGAUUUAAGCGCUACUGCUUUCUAUGAACCUGGUCCACUCGUUCAAAUUGUCGCAAAGAUGUUGGGACGUAGAUCUCCUGAUGAUUUACAAAGAGGCAUUACAGAUAGGGAGCGUCUAAGACUUGAGAGGACUAUAAAAGGUCUUAAAAUAAAGGACACUCACAGAUCGGGAAAUAGACGAAAAUUUAAAAUUGAAAAAUUAACUCCAACCCCCGCUUCACAAACAAUGUUUGAUAGAGGUGACGGUAGUAACGUGGAUGUUAAAACUUAUUUUCAAGAGGCUUAUAACAAACGUUUAUUAUAUCCAUUCCUUCCUUGUGUUAUUGUAAGGAGAAAUGUUUAUCUACCGAUGGAAGUUUGCGAAAUUAUUCCGGGUCAGCGACAUAUUCGUAAACUGGGUGAAAGACAAACAGCUGACAUGAUUAAAUUUACUUGUCAGCAACCGUCAAUGCGUGCAAAUAAGAUCCGAGCUGGUCUUGAUAUAUUAAAUUAUCGAGGUAAUGAAUAUCUUCAACAGUUCGGGAUGAGGAUAUCAGCCGAUAUGCUGUUGGUGAAUGCCAGAGUUCUUCCCACACCAACGAUUCAGUACCACCCGUCAUCAAGAGAACAUCAUGUUCAACCGAGGGAUGGAUCAUGGAAUUUACGAGAUAAAAAAGUUGCAACCGGUGCCACCCUCGGUUCAUGGGCAGUUUUGGCCUUUUUAAGUCAAGAUGAUUUACCCGAUCUAUCUGUAAAUACGUUCGUUAGAGAAUUAGUUAAUACAUGUCAAGACACUGGAAUGAAUAUUCCAAAUAGGAACCCUCCUGUAUUACACGCUAAUCCUCAAGGAAAUAUUGAGGAAUCAUUAAAACAAGCCUGGCUAAAAGCUGGUAAUACGGCCAAAGCUCAACCGCAGCUAAUCAUUUGUAUUCUCCCAAACACGGGAACACCAUUAUAUGCCGAAAUUAAACGUGUUAGCGAUACGGUUAUAGGUGUCGCAACACAAUGUGUUCAAAGUCGACACACGAUGCAGGCGAAAAAACAAUAUUGUGCUAAUGUUUGCCUAAAGAUCAACGUUAAAUUAGGAGGAAUGAAUUCAUUUCUCAGUCCAAGUCAAAUUCAAUUUAUAUCAGACAGACCUACUAUAUUGAUGGGAGCUGACGUUACUCACCCUUCACCUGGCGACAGAGAUCGUCCAUCUAUCGCAGCCCUUUGUGCUUCUAUGGAUGCUAAAGCAUCCCGUUAUGCAGCUUCAAUUAGAGUACAAACCGGUCGUACCGAAAUAAUCGCUGAUUUAGCAAAUAUGGUGAAAGAAUUGUUAAAAACUUUUUAUCAGACUUGUGGGCGAAAGCCCGAAAGAAUUUUAUUUUACAGGGACGGAGUUUCAGAAGGCCAGUUUAGCCAUGUGUUAAAGAAUGAAAUAAUCGCGGUUAGAGCCGCAUGUCAAGCUCUCGACAAUAAUUAUAAACCUACCAUCACAUUUGUUGUGGUGCAGAAGAGGCAUCACACACGUUUUUUCCCAAUAGAUAGGCAUAACGCUGAUAAAACAGGAAAUUGCCCUCCUGGUACAGUGGUCGAAUCAGAUAUUACGCAUCCGUUUGAAUUCGACUUUUAUUUACAAAGUCAUGCCGGGUUACAAGGAACGUCACGACCAACCCACUAUCAUGUUUUAUUUGACGAGAAUGGGUUUAGCUCAGAUAUGCUACAAACGAUAUCAUAUAAUUUGUGUUAUUUAUAUGCGCGGUGUACGCGUGCGGUAUCUUUGGUACCUCCGGUAUAUUACGCACAUUUAGUUUGCACUAGAGCAAAAUUCCAUUCACGCGGCGAACAUUGGAGUGAUACAGAAUCGUCCGAAGAAGGUACGGGUGCCGCGGUAACAUUCGGAGUGGUAAAGCAGGAACUACAAAGGGUCAUGUACUUUAUGUAGAAACUUCACUUAUGUGAAACAAAGUUAUCUGGAACGAAAAGGAAAAAAAAAUUAAUUUUCAUUAUAAAUAAAUAGGAAAUUUUUAAAAAGAAACUUAUUAAAUAAUAAGUUGUAUUUAGUCACAUUAAUAUUUUGAAUUUUAUCUAUUGAAUUAUUUAGUUUGAAAAAAACAAUUUUUCUGUAUAUUGUUUCUCUUAUUUGUAAAAAUUAUUA